GAAAAGAUGCAAAAUUUACUACCAGGCAAAUUUGGGCAAGCAGCGUCUUCAGCUUCAGAUUCAAUGAAACAACAACAUGAUCCAAAUUCCGGAUUUCCUUGGUGGGUACGAUUCCUUGCAAAAGCACUUGGAAUUAUUGGAGGAUUUGUCGCCAUGUUUUUUGCUGUGUUGGGACUUUUGACUUUAAGUCCUCGAUGUGCUAUUGCUUCUCUUUUACAGCUAGCUGCCGGAUUUUUGACUGUUGCUUUGGAAGCUCCUUUUUGUUGUGCUUUUGUUGAUUUUAUUGAACGAAUUGCUCAGUUUUCCGAGUCAAGAGCCUACUGGCAAAAAGCUGCGCUUUACUGCAUUAUGGGAGCUAUUCCAUGUCUUAUUUGUUUCGAGUUGGGAACAGUUUUGGGCACUGCAAUGAUUAUUGCUGCUGGUUUCGCUUAUGGAUUUAUGGCGCUUGGGAAGAAAGCUGAUCGUGACACAAUGAUGGGAAAUAUUGGUGGAGGUGGACAGGAUCCUGCAUGGAGUCCACAAGUUAAUCAACCAUUCCCACAACCUGCCGGAUUUAAUCAGCCAUAA